AUGGCCGCCCAACAUUCUCAAGGGAUACAAACGUUGCUCGAGGCUGAGAAAGAUGCUGCUAAAGUUGUCCAGGCAGCGCGCCAAUAUCGCGUGCAGAGGCUAAAGGACGCGCGAACGGAGGCCUCUAAAGAAAUAGAGGAGUACAAGAGAUCUAAAGAGCUGGAAUUCAAAGCGUUCGAGAACUCGCACGCUGGGUCGACCCAAAGUGCGCAGUCCGUCAUCGACAAGGAGACCGAAGGGAAGCUCUUGGAGAUAACAGAGGCGUUUGAGGCACACAAAGACGACGUCGUCAAGAAACUGCUUGAGCGUGUCGUUCUCAUCAAGCCCGAGCUUCAUCGAAACCUCAAGAAGGCGGGUCUCGAUUGA